AUGAACGAGCGACUGCCGUCGUUGCCAUUUCCUCCCUCUUCCCAGCAGGCAUACUCGUCGGGAACCGUUUCCCCCCGAGUUGGCUCCAUUGGGUCGUCUACGAGCUCCAACGUCGACUCCCAGUCGCCAUAUACCUCGGUGGCCUCCUCGCACGGCCCCAAGACACCACCGUCCAGCACCGUUCUUCCCUCGGUGCCGUCGUCGUUGCUGUCCAGCGGCCUCCAUACGCCCAUUGUCCAGUCGUCCGUUCACGGGUACGACCAAUACCAGCACGCCGCCAUGAACCAAGGAACCGCUGAAAUGUACUACCAGCAGCCGCAUCUGCAGGGUGGCCAGGCACAACCGCCACCAGUCACCUCCAGUGCCAUUGCCCAGUACACGCAUCAGCAGCCGCCGCUGCUGCAGCCCGGCCCUGCCCAGUACCCGAAUCCGUCGCCCUACGGCCAGUACGGCUAUACCAAUGGCUUGACAUCACCGCCGACCGCCGCCCCCGUGGCUAACCCCAUGACGGCCAACCCGCAUGUGCUCCCGCUUCCGGGUGUCGCCGCGCAACAGGGUAUGCAGAACAGCUACUCGGGUUUCGACAACACCGGCCAGAUUGCCCCGCCCGGCAUGAAGCCCCGUGUCACGGCUACGCUCUGGGAAGACGAGGGCAGCCUCUGCUUCCAGGUUGAGGCUCGCGGCAUCUGCGUGGCCCGGAGAGAAGACAACCACAUGAUCAACGGCACUAAGCUCCUGAACGUUGCUGGUAUGACUCGCGGUCGCCGUGACGGUAUUCUGAAGAGCGAAAAGGUCCGCCACGUCGUCAAAAUUGGCCCGAUGCACUUGAAGGGCGUGUGGAUCCCCUUUGAGCGUGCGCUGGACUUUGCCAACAAGGAGAAGAUCACUGAGCUUCUGUUUCCCCUCUUCGUGCAUAACAUUGCUGCUCUGCUGUACCACCCCACCAACCAGACCCGUACGAGCCAGGUCAUGGCCGCCGCCGAGCGCCGGAAACAGGAGCAGGGCCAGAUGCGCAACGGUCAGGCCGGAGCCCCUGGCCUGCCGUCCCUGCAGCACCACUCGACCAUGGCCCUACCUGGCCCGCAGCAGACGUUGCCGUCUCAUGCCAAUAUGACGACACCCACCGGCCGCCCGCCACUCGACCGCGCCCACACUUUCCCCACGCCGCCGACCAGUGCGUCAAGCGUCAUGGGCAGUGGGAUGAGCGCGUCCGAGCCGUUCUCGUGGCCGCAGCAGGGCGUCAAUGGCGCCCAGGCUGCCAACCCAAUGUCAAUAGACACGAGCCUGAGCAACGCCCGCUCCAUGCCUGCCACACCCGCUACCACCCCUCCAGGCCCGCCCCUGCAAGCGAUGCAGCAGUACCCCCCGACAACUCAGACAUACGAUGCCUCGCGCUCCAUGUACCACCACCAGACGCCGGCUCCGGCUACUCAGCAGCCGCCUUCGCAGCAGCACACGCCGCACCACAACCAGCAGCAGCAAAGUCAGGCCUACCUUGGUGCCGCUCCCAACAGCAGCCCCCACGACCGCAACAACGUCUACGGCCACAACGCCGUUGCCGCCGCCGCCGCGGCUGCCGCGGGUGGCUACGUCAAGACCGAGAUGCCUGCACCGGUGAACAACCGCUCGUCGAUUGCUGGCCCGUCUGGCAACGAGCCCGUCGUCGACAACAAGUCGCAAGCGAACGGCCUCCUGCAGCACGCCCACAACGGCCACGCCGGAGACGGUGUGUCCCACAGUGGUGUGCCCGAGGACGAGCAUGAGCACGAGCACGAAACUGAGUACACGCACGACAGCAACACGUACGAUGCGAGCCGCGCUCAGUACAACUACGGUGCACCCCAAGUGGCUACUCUGCCGAGCGAGCACACGCACCUCUCCACCGAUGUCGCAGCGGCUGCUGCUGCCAACCACCAGGCCACCUCCGGACGGUCGACCCCACGCAGUGCCGUCUCGCAGGCGUACUACGCCCAGCAGGGCUACAGCACGCCGCCGCGCACGGGCGCCACGUCUGCCGCCACCCAGGCGUCAAGCAACCUGUACAACGUCGUGACGAGCGAUCGUGGAAACGCGAACGGCGCCUCAGCCCAGGAUGUCUACGCCGGCCCGGCAGACCUGCCCGGCACCAUGCCCAACGGCUACACCACCCCGACUCUGAACGGCACGUCAGCAGGUAUGAAACGUGGCCGCGACGACGAUGACGAAAGGUCCUCCCUGGACAUGAAGCGCCGUAAGACGCUGCUCGACUCGUCGAUGCCGUCGGCCGUGUACGAUGCGUCGGCCAUCAACCGCGCAGCGCCACCCGUAGGUGCUCCGAGACAUAGAUAA